AUGCAAAUUGGAAAAUUUUAAUUAGAUCAUUUGGUUGAAAAAAAAAUGAAUCUAUAUUUAAUAGAGGCAGCUGAUAACAAAUUCUUCAUAAUAUUAUUGAAUCGUGUGAUGAAUUAAAUAAUAUUGUAGUAACCAUUACUAAAGGUUGAUUUGUAAAACAAAUAUUUCUUAGAAGAACUUAAUAUAUUAUUUAAGAACUCUAGAAAGCCAACACUAAUACCUAAAGAUUUCCAUUCAAGAUACCUGAAUCUGAGGGAUUUGAUUCAGAGUUAAUUGAAUUCCAUAAAUAAUUGAAAUAAAUCAGACAUAGACUCAUUAUUAUUUAAUUUUAAUUAAUUGCCUAUAGGGUUAACUAUUCACACAGUAAGUUGAUCAUCCAAAGUAUAACACACUAAUAUUUUAUCAUAGAACAUAUUUGCAGAUUUAUAUACUUUAUAAUUAUUACUAUUAAGAAUACUAAGAAAGAAGAAUAAAAGAGAGAUUUCGCAUUAAUGAGAAUUUUCAGAAGCGAACAUAAAUUGACAUUGAUAGACUUUGA